AUGCCUGCCACGACCACCACUACUACUACUACUACUACAACUACUACUACCACUACUACUACCACAACAACAGAACCAACAACCACUACAACAGAACCAACAACUACAACAACAGAGCCAACAACCACUACAACAGAACCAACAACCACAACUACAGAACCAACAACCACUACAACAGAACCAACCACCACAAGUACAGAACCAACAACCACUACAACAAAACCAACCACCACAACAACAGAACCAACAACUACAACAACAGAGCCAACAACCACUACAAUAGAACCAACAACCACAACUACAGAGCCAACAACCACUACAACAGAACCAACCACCACAACAACAGAACCAACCACCACAACAACAGAACCAACCACCACAACUACAGAACCAACCACUACAACUACAGAACCAACCACCACAACAACAGAGCCAACAACCACUACAACAGAACCAACAACUACAACAACAGAACCAACAACCACUACAACAGAACCAACCACCACAACAACAGAACCAACAACCACAACUACAGAACCAACAACCACUACAACACCAACAACCACUACAACAGAACCAACCACCACAACAACAGAACCAACAACUACAACAACAGAACCAACAACCACUACAUCAGAACCAACAACCACAACUACAGAGCCAACCACCACAACAAAAGAGCCAACAACUACAACAACAGAACCAACAACGACUACAACAGAACCAACCACCACAACAACAGAACCAACAACCACAACUACAGAGCCAACAACCACAACUACAGAACCAACAACCACUACAACAGAACCAACCACCACAACAACAGAACCAACAACUACAACAACAGAACCAACAACCACUACAACAGAACCAACCACCACAACAACAGAGCCAACAACUACAACAACAGAGCCAACAACCACUACAACAGAACCAACCACCACAACAACAGAACCAACAACUACAACAGCAGAACCAACAACCACAACUACAGAACCAACAACCACUACAACAGAACCAACAACUACAACAACAGAGCCAACAACCACUACAACAGAACCAACAACCACAACAACAGAACCAACCACCACAACAACAGAACCAACCACAACAACAGAACCAACCACCACAACAACAGAACCAACAACCACAACUACAGAACCAACCACCACAACUACAGAACCAACCACCACAACAACAGAACCAACCACCACAACUACAGAACCAACCACCACAACUACAGAACCAACCACCACAACUACAGAACCUACAACCACAACUACAGAACCAAUAACCAUAACUACAAAACUAACGACAACAACUACAGAACCAACAACAACUACAACAGAACCAACAACUACUACAACAGAGCCAACAACCACUACAUUAGAACUAACCACCACAACAACAGAACCAACAACCACAACAACAGAACCAACCACCACAACAACAGAACCAACAACCACAAGUACAGAGCCAACUACCACAACUACAGAACCAACAACCACAACUACAGAACCAACCACCACAACAACAGAGCAAACAACCACUACAACAGAACCAACAACCACAACAACAGAACCAACAACCACAACUACAGAACCAACAACCACAACUACAGAACCAACAACUACUACAACAGAACCAACCACCACAACAACAGAGCCAACCACCACUACAACAAAGCCAACCACCACAACUACAGAACCAACAACCACAACAACAGAGCCAACCACUACAACUACAGAACCAACCACCACAACAACAGAGCCAACCACUACAACUACAGAACCAACCACCACAACUACGGAGCCAACCACCACUACAACAGAACCAACCACCACAACUACAGAACUAACCACCACAACAACAGAACCAACCACCACAAGUACUACAACAACUUCUACAACUCCACCAACAACUAGUACAACCCAAGGCACAACGACUACUUCAAUUCCAACAACAG